AACUUUAUAAACUUUAUUGAUAAGUGUGGCCCUGAGAGAAGCCUGACCUGAACUCAGUCACAGUGUCUAUUCUGACCUGAUGACAGUGUACUGUCCACACUACAUAGACUCUUCCUGCUAAUUUAGUGUUUGCUAUCAGAUCUGAUCUGUCUACAGUCUUUUUCCUCUGAACUUGACCCUUGUUUUCUCAGUGCAGUGUUGAUUUUGUCACACCCCUAUCAAGCUUCUGUCUCUCAACGGACUCUGAUAAGACUAACAGACACACAGAAACUCCCUGUGUGCAGAUAGUAAACAAGAAGUUCCGGAUAAGAUGGCAAGACGUUCUGCGGUUAUGACAUAUAUGGCCGUGGUUGUUGUACUUUACAUUGUAUUUACUGCAUGGAUAUACGUGCUGUAUACAGGAUCCACCAGAUUCAGGAAACAGUUCUAUCCUGGUUUGCUGUUCCGGAAUGCCUGGCAUUGGAUUUGCGAUAAUAGAUAACAACACAAACGCUCCUCAGGUGAUGAGCAACAUGACAUGGAGACUAACUACAGAUAUGGAGAAAGCCAAGGAAGAUUCUGAAGCACUGAAAAUGCUUGUUAUGGAUGGUUCUGCAGCAAAAGUUCAACAUAAUUUAGCAAACGCUGAUCAGAGAGACUCCAGAGUCGGAAUUCAAGCUAGUCCAGAAAGAGCUAAUAAAGACACUAAGAACAAAACAGCAGGUAGUUUGAUUCCUUCACAGUUGGAGCUCGUUAAAAAAGUGGAGGACGCACCAAAAGACUCCCAGCCCUCAGUUCCUAAUAAGAAUGAACCGAAGCCCAUGAAAACGAAAGAAAACAGCACAAACACUGUGCAGUCCAACUUAGAACAUCAAGGUCAAACCAUCUCACAAUCGAUGAAGCCAGGAGCUUACAGUAAAUUGACACCUAUACCAGUCAUGUUCAAAAAAGAUUUCAAGAGGAUGCCAUACUGGGAAAUAAAUGAUGUGUAUUUGAGAAGUGAUGAGCCAGUUCAGACGGUUUGUGCAGAGUCAUUGCGUAAAACAAAAGAUCCAGACUUUCAGAAGGCGUAUAUGCCAAACAUUCAGAUGUAUCUGUACCAGAAUCUCCUUAACUUGAGUGAAUGGAACCGCUUGGCUCACUUCAACAACCCUUUUGGCUUCAUGGAGUACAACUACAGCGAAAUAAAGAGUGCAGUGGAUCUGAUUCCCAAACCUAACGUCACUCAGCUCUUGCCGCUUGUUGAGAAUGACUCCUGUAUCCGGUGUGCUGUGGUGGCUAACGGUGGGAUCCUCCACGGGUCCAAGAAGGGCAAGGAGAUAGACGCCCAUACAUAUGUGUUUCGGAUGAAUGGUGCUGUUACUCAAGGCCACGAAGAAGACGUGGGAAACAAAACUUCAGUCUACGUUCAUACGGCCUACUCGCUGGUUGCCUCACUUGCUGUAUUUAGGAAGUAUGGCUUUAAGAAAAUCCCCAAUGAUAAGGGGUAUAAAUAUGUGAUGAUCCCAGAAGGUCUGAGGGAUUUUCACUGGCUGCAAGGCCUUCUAAACAAAGAGAAAGUGCCAAAGGGCGAAUUCCAGAGCAGAAUGCCACGGAUGUUCUAUCCCAAAGAGUUCGAUGAGAGCAGGUUUUAUGUCCUCCAUCCAGAUUUCCUCAGAUACGUUCGCAACAGAUUCAUGCCCUCUAGGCAACAGAAUGGAACACACUGGGCUUUAUACAGACCCACUAAUGGAGCCUUCACCCUUUUCCUGGCCCUUCACGUCUGUGAUACUGUUGAUGCAUAUGGCUUUAUCACCGAGACCCAUAAGAAUUACUCCAAUUACUACUUCGAGAAGGAAAAGACUAGAGUUAUUUUCUUCAUCAACCACGACUACAACCUGGAGAUAAAACUGUGGAAGAAACUCCACGAUGACAAAAUUAUCAGACUCUAUCAGGGAGAGGGAGGAAAGAGAUGAUGGCCUUUUAUCAGAAAAAACAGCUUUGUGACACAAAGGCACUUUCACGGCAGGGCCAUGCAUAGCAUUCAAACGGAGCGAGAUUAUGUCCAGCAGGGUUCUCAAACUCCAGUCCUGGGCAGGAAGUGAUAGAGAUCAGUUUUGUAGCUCAUUCAGCAUCAUAGUUCAAAUUCUGCCCAUUGCUGUUACAUCUGUCUGAAGCGUUUUUGAGUUUAUUGUGGACUAUAACACUGAAUUAAAGUGUAAGCUGUGAUUACUGGGAUACGAUGGGUGCAUAGAUAAGAUUUGUGGAGCAACUUGAGUUUUCUUGGUUAAAAAACACAAAUGGGUGUUCAAACUUCUGCAUUCCACUGUUAGUGUAAAUAAAGCUUGGCAGAAGGUGAAGUUAAGACACAAAUAUAAAGUCACACUAUUGUUUAUUUGUUUAUGUAAAUAGUGGGGUGAGUGUUUUUGUACACAAAUAAAUGGCCACUGUGUGGAUAAACAGA